UUUAACUUCCAAAAUAUUUUUGUGUCCUUAGUACAUUUUUUAGCUUUCUUUUCGUAACUCAACCCAACAAAAUGUUAAGUCUUCACUUCAUAAACUGUCAGUAUAAGCAAUUGAAAUAACCGUAAGCCCUUAACAAGCAAAAUUAAAUAAAUAGAAGUACACAAAAUGAACGAAACACGUGGUUAUAACAAAGAGUUUGGGGUGCGUUGGUUAUCAGAACAUUCAGAUGACGAAUGUCUACCAACAUACAGUGGAGGACCCACCCAUGACGGUGCACAGUCACGAAGGACCGACUCCAAAGAUCGUACUCAGAUUACCUUAGGGAGCAAAGAUGCAAUAUCUGAAAAGAAAGGAAAUCAGGAGCCCAGGAACACGUUUUGGAUCUCCGUAAGCGAUUAUGAAUUGGACAGGGCUUAUGUUGUAUAUCGCUUCUUCCACGAUAUCGGAAACAUUGUUGCAAAAAGCUUUACCCAAACAAACCGAAUGUAUCUGAAGUACUUCAGUAUGGUGGACUGCCAAAUAGCGCUGAGUUAUAAUGGCCAAAAGAUUGGAUAUGGCGGCGAUAUACGGGUGCAAGUCAAGGUAGAGAAUCCCGUGACGGAAAAUGUCCUUAUUGAAGCUCUGGAGCAUUGUUCUGAGGACGAUGAAACGCGCCAUGAUAAUGACACAACAAGUACGAUGACCGUAACCAUCGAAGUAGAGGAUGUUGAGGACACGAACGAGGUAGCUUCACAUCGAAUGGAGAUGGGACAGUCUGAGGAAGAACUUGAAAUUACACCCAAAAAAGGCAGCUUGGUGCAAUGGAUCAAGGAAAAGCUAUCCUAUGUGUUCUAUUUUUAUUAGAUUUUCUGUUUUUUGCUUUUUCUAAUACUGUAUGUGUUGGCAAAUAAACUUCUAAGACAUAGCGAACUUGAAGAAAUGGAUUUUGACAUUAAUAAAUAAAAAGUUGUACAAAA